AUGCGGGAAGAUCUACACCGCGAGUUCGGGCAAUGUUAUAAGGAAAUAAAGGAACAGAUUCGUGACCAAAGCGACGACAUUCACAGCAUGAAGGGAAACAUCGAACUGAUCAAAAGUUCGCUUGAAAAAUUGCUGGCAACUCCUACCUGUAACGCACCGAUAGCAGAUCAAGACCAAACUAUGCCGAAGGAAGUGGCACUGGAAAGGACAAAAUUCAAAGACUGGACACAGGACCCUAAUUCGGAAAAUCAAGAUCCUGUAAGACAAAGGAAUGUCGGAGAGGAGGAAGUCGAAGAAGACCUCUUGGAUGUAUAUGACGAGUACGAAAGUAGAGAGCAGAAGGAUGCAUGCGAAAAAGCUUCAACCUAUACCAACGAAAGCAUUCGACAAAAAAGGGAGCAUGCAGAGAAGGAGCGGAGAGAACAAUUAGAUGAACGAAGAGGCAGGAUCGAGGAGUUCCUCAGAUACAAUAGGGACGUACCAGAAAGGGAGAUUCGACGGCUCAUCUACAUGAAAUAG